UAUAAUAAUUAACUAUUCAUUAUAAUCUAAGUGUUCUUAGCCACCAUGUUACAAGAGUACAUAUCCAAUGUUGAUGAUUAUGAAUUUGAGAUUGAGCAGCUCCUAGCUGAACAAGUCGGGGCCAUACCACUACCUUUCCCUGGAAUGGACAAGAACAAGGCCCCAUUGUGUGAGUUCUUCCUACAAGGAACUUGCUCAAGAGGUUUCAACUGUCCUUAUCGCCACAUUAAAGGGGACAGGGUCAUUGUGUGCAAGCACUGGUUGAGACAGCUCUGCAAUAAAGGAGACGAGUGUGAGUUCCUUCAUGAGUAUGACAUGGGACGGAUGCCAGUUUGCUACUUCUUUCAGAAAUUUGGUGAGUGCAACAAUAAAGAUUGUCAGUUCAUGCAUGUUGAUGCUGACACACUCAAGGUUAAGGACUGCCCCUGGUACGAUAGAGGAUUCUGCAAACAUGGUCCCUCCUGUAGGAACAGACACACUAGGCGUGUCAUGUGUCAAAAGUAUUUGUUUGGUUUUUGUCCUGAGGGUAUCAGCUGCAAGCAUGUGCACCCGCGAUACGAACUGCCAGGAACUAAAACAUUUCCAAUAUUCCAUUCUUCAGCUAUAUUUGGUAACCUAGCAACCGCUGCUAUGCAGAACUCUAUUGUUACCAUGGCAACCAGUAGUGCUAAUGCAACGGAAGCCCCUCCUGUUGUCACGACGAUCACCACGGCAACGACAGAGACGAAACCAAGCACUCAAGGGAAGAGACGGCCGAUACAUGAAGUUACAUGUUUCAAGUGCGGAGACAAAGGACACUAUGCAAAUACAUGUCCCAAAUCAUUUCGUGCUAUGCAAAUGGGUUUAACUAGUGCACAACCCAACAUUGGAGUCAAAUGAACUCAUCAUGUUAUAAUCAUCACCCUCCAUUAGUUAUGAAAUAUUUAUUGUAUCUAUUUCGCUCAAGUCCAUUAAAACUGAUUGUUUAAGAUUUCACAGUCACAGAC